AUUGUCUUUCUGUGGAGAAAUCUUGAUUAUAAAAACAAUGCAUGUUGUGAUUUAAAAAACAAAUACGAUAGUAAAAAGGCGUGCUCUUCUUUCAGAGUGUUUUAGCUGCAGAGGCAGAGAAAUUACACUAUAUCCCAAAAUCCUUUGCGCUGUCCUACGCCUGCGUCACCUGUGCGACGAAAAUCUGAAGCUAAACAAACCAAACCCGGGUGUUUUUAACGUAAUUCAAUAAUGGAGUUGGAACAAGCGAAAGAAGACUCUACUGCAGCCCAGCCGACACCCGCACCGCCCGCCCCGUCUAAGAAGACAGGACAAGCUCAGAACGUCCCCAAGCAACGACUCCCUGGAGCCAAAGAUAAGGCACAGCCUCAGGGAGAAGUAAAACCAAGACCCAGGCCCCGCUACACAGACAAGGCAAGGAAAAACGCCAAGAAUAAGAAGGACAAGGCUGGAGCAGAUAAGGGAGCUGCUGCUGGGGGAGAAGGUGAGGCCCAGAAUGGAGAUCCUGAGGUAAAGGCAGAGGAGGAUACAGAGGUUAAUGGGCAGCUUGACCCAACCAAUGUGGAGGCCGAACUUACCUCACGGCUGGAAGCAGCUGCCAUUGAAGAGGAAGAGGAAGAGGAAGAAGAAGGGGAAGAGGAGAGUUGGGACACCUUGUUCAAUGAUGAAGGAGAUUGCCUGGAUCAGCAUCUUUCAGAAGAGCUGGCUGUGAAGCAAGGUAGAAAGAAGAAGUCCGUCCAGGAGGCCAGGUUUGAUUACUACAACACGGACAAAGAUGCCGAAGAUGACAUCGACCUCACUGACGACGAACUUGCUAACAUUGUAGAGAUCUACGAGUUCCCUGCUGAGUUUAGGACCGAGGACCUUCUCAAGUUAUUUCAGGACUACUCACAAAGAGGUUUUGACAUCCAGUGGAUUGAUGAAUCAAGUGCUCUUGGCCUCUUCUCGAGCCCCAUAGCAGCUCGGGAAGCUUUAAGAACCAAACAUCCACUGAUGAAGCUGCGACCUCUCUCCAAAUGCUCCCCCGCCACUAAAGCCAAAGCUCGUAGCUGCUCAGACUACCUCUUGCCUGCUAAAGAGAGACCUCAGACAAGUGCCGCACUGGCGCGAAGGAUGGUGAUCGGUGCCCUCGGUGUGAAGAGCAACCUGACGGAGGAGAAGCGUGAGGCAGAGAAGAAGAAGCUCCAGGAGGCCAAAGAACAAAAGCGCAUGGCAGCCAAGCAGAAGGAAGAUGCCUGGGAGGGGAAGUGAUUGGAUGGAAAACUACCGUUUUAUUUUUGUUUUGAUUCCUUGAUACAGCAGAGACUAAAGUCUUCUGUUUCUUCUCCUGCUCUGUUUUCGUCAACUGGCCACUCCUUCCUACCGCCACACUUUCCAGAAAUGGAUUCCCACCAUUUUUUUCCUUCUUUCUGGCUUUAGUCCUUUAAAAAACUGUUACAAAACAUCUCUUCAUCCUCAAUCUGUUUGCCUGCAGUGUUACAUCAGCCUUUAUGUUCAUUCUUUGUUCAUGCUGGGACUGUUGCCUCAGUGCCAUGGCUGGGGCUAACACAAAUAACAAUGUUUUUUUUAAAUCAUAUUUCUUGACAUUGUAUCCAAAGUCUGUAGUGAACCAUCAAGUCUAAUCCAAUUUAAUAAUGUUUGUUUUAAUAUAGAAUUAUGUUAACGUUUUUUUUUUAAAGAUGAACCAAGUAAAUGAACUUGUAAAUGCGAGGGAAACAAAUGCAGUUUGAAGGUCCUGUAUUAAAGUGACAAUAGAAAACA